AUGUCUCUGCCCAUAAAGAACUUGAAGUGCCUCUCUCCGGUCAUGUGCCAAUGCAAGCUCAUCUGCAGCAACCGAACACUGUCGCUGAUGUUCGGAUGUAAGAAGUACCGGUAUCAGGAUGAGGAGACGCCCCCCUUGGAGCACAGUCCAGCUCAUCUGGCUCCAGGGAAAAGUGCCGAAAUGCUUCAUAUGAGCGACAAGAACCUCGCCGCCAUGGAGGCCAUCCACGGCUACACUCCUCACACACACAUCUCUCCUGUCAAGCCAGUGUUGAUGUCUACAGGACACACCCCAAUGUACACCUCUGCUGUUUCCACACUGGGAAACACGCCUCCUGUGGUGGUGAACACUGACACACUUGACGGCUCGCCAUAUGUAAAUGGGACAGAAGGUGAAAUUGAAUAUGAGGAGAUCACGCUGGAGAGGGGAAACUCAGGCCUUGGCUUCAGUAUAGCAGGGGGGACAGACAACCCCCAUGUGGGUGAUGACCCCAGCAUCUUUAUCACCAAAAUCAUCCCAGGGGGCGCUGCAGCUCAGGACGGCAGGCUCAGUGUGAAUGACUGCAUCUUAUUUGUGAAUGAUGUGGAUGUACGAGAGGUGACACACAGCCAGGCAGUGGAGGCUCUGAAGGAGGCAGGUGCUAUAGUCCGCCUCUAUGUUCUGCGAAGGAAACCUGCAGCAGAAAAAGUGACCGAAAUCAAACUCAUCAAAGGCCCCAAAGGCUUAGGUUUCAGCAUCGCUGGAGGGGUGGGCAACCAGCACAUACCCGGAGACAACAGCAUUUAUGUUACCAAGAUCAUCGAGGGCGGAGCAGCUCACAAGGAUGGCCGUCUACAGAUUGGGGAUAAGAUCUUAGCGGUGAACAGUGUGUGUCUGGAGGAUGUGAUGCACGAGGAUGCAGUGGGGGCUCUGAAGAACACAGCCGAGGUGGUAUACCUCCGGGUGGCCAAGCCCAACAACCUGUUCCUGACCAACUCCUACAACCCUCCAGACCUCACCAGCACGUAUUCUCACAUGGAUACAGACCUCAGCCACCCAAACUAUCUAGGAUCUGAUUACCCACAAGCCCUCACUCCCACCUCGCCUAGUCGCUUCUCCCCGGUGCUGCACAGUAUGAUGGGAGAUGAUGAUAUCCCCAGGGAGCCUCGGAGAGUUUUGAUCCACCGAGGCUCGACAGGUCUGGGGUUCAACAUCGUGGGUGGGGAGGAUGGUGAGGGCAUCUUCAUCUCCUUCAUCCUGGCAGGGGGUCCAGCUGACCUGAGCGGAGAGCUGCACAAGGGCGAUCAGAUCCUCAGUGUGAAUGGGGUUGACCUGCGCAUGGCCACACACGAACAGGCAGCAGCAGCACUCAAGAACGCUGGUCAGACUGUGACAAUAAUCGCUCAGUACAGACCAGAUGAGUACAGCCGCUUUGAAGCCAAGAUUCACGACUUGAGAGAACAGCUGAUGAACAGCAGUAUGGGCUCUGGGACCACAACACUACGGAGCAACCCAAAGAGAGGCUUUUAUAUCAGGGCUCUUUUUGACUAUGACAAGACAGCAGACUGUGGUUUCCUGAGCCAGGCCUUGAGCUUCAGAUUUGGGGAUGUGCUUCACGUGUUGGACUGUGGGGAUGAAGAGUGGUGGCAGGCGAGAAGAGUCAGCCCCCAAAAUGAGGCAGAGGAGGUGGGCUUCAUCCCCAGCAAACUCAGAGUCGAGAGAAAAGAGUGGUCUCGUGUAAACACCAAAGAGAGGGACCAUGGGCGUGACAGUUUGGGCCCUCAAGGGAGAGAUAAACUCUCACACAGUUAUGAGACUGUCACUCAAGUAGAAGUCCAUUACGCCAGGCCCAUCAUCAUUCUGGGUCCCGUUAAAGACAGGGUAAAUGACGACCUCUUGUCCGAGUUCCCUGAUAAGUUUGGAUCCUGUGUUCCACACACCACGCGGCCCAAAAGGGAGUACGAGGUGGACGGGCGGGACUAUCACUUUGUGUCGUCACGGGAACAGAUGGAGAAGGACAUCCAGAGUCACCGCUUCAUCGAGGCGGGACAGUACAACAGCCACUUGUACGGCACCAGUGUCCAGAGUGUGCGUGAGGUGGCUGAGCAGCAAGGGAAACACUGCAUCCUGGAUGUAUCUGCCAAUGCUGUACGCAGACUACAAGCUGCUCAGCUCCAUCCAAUUGCCAUCUUUGUUCGGCCCAAGUCUUUGGAAAAUGUGUUGGAGAUCAACACUCGACUGACAGAAGAACAAGCAAGGAAAGGAAUGGAUCGAGCCCUCAAACUAGAACAGGACUUCCUCGAGUGUUUUACAGCUGUGGUGGAGGGUGACAGUUUUGAGGAGGUCUAUCACAAAGUAAAGACAGUGAUCGAGGAGCAAUCAGGGCCUUACAUCUGGAUCCCCACUCGGGAGAGGCUGUGAACCAUAGCGCCCCCACCUACGCUGUCCUGCACCACCUGUCACCCUCACAGCCGGGACAGUCCCAUACGCCUGUCCCGCUGUCCUCCAGCAAAGUCAGUGCUUAGGCAAUCACCGCGAGUGACACAGACAAACCAAGCAUAUCAAGACAAAAUCGUGAGAGAGAGAGAGAGACCACAGGGAAGCAGAGAGCGAUACCAAAACUAAAGUGGACUGAGUCAUCAUCAUGUGUAAUUACAGUCUGAGAGAAGACGUCAAUAUCCCGGUUCAAUGAGGCGUGGCUGAGCUCCGAGGCCUUGUUCACACUCUGCUUUAAAAUGCACCAAGUGGAUAUCUUUAAGUACCGCUGCCAAAAGUAGAAAAUCAAACAUAUUCAACAUAUAUGCGUAUUUAGAUAUGCCAAACAAUCCUUCAAUGUCUGUGUUUGCGACUGUACGAUUAGGCAUGUUUAAUUGGUGCCACCUGUUUCAAAGAUGUAAAUGGUAGAAGCAUUUGGGACAAAACUAAAAUAUGAAAGUCCAUUCUAAAGAUUAGUGAAACAUUUUGAUGCCUUGUGUGAACUCUCCACUUCCUAAAAGGAUCCACACACAGCUGUAUGUGUUACAUGUUGUAGGUGUAAGCAGGGCUAGAGACAUACUGUAAAGGGAGCCUUCCAGUGAUGAACUUGAGAUUCACAAGGUCUCCUCAAUCUUCUUGAUCUAUGAUAGUGGUGCCCCAAAAGACGCUGGUCCCUCUUUUUAUCACAAAGUUGUGUCAUCCUUCUGCCAGCUCUGCCUUGUCACAGGAUGGAAGAGGGGUUGUCCUCUUUCUGUCCUCUCCUUUUCCACCAGGAGGCGCUGUUUACCCCUGUUCUCUUGGUUCAGAAUGACCACGACUAAACAAAAGCUUCAAAACAAGGCUUCAUUCAAGUUACUGUGAGGCAUUGCUUCAAGGCAGUUUAAAUAACAAUAGAGAAAUAUGCUAAAUUUGUGCAUGCAUUUUCAAAUAUGGUGGAGGCAGGGAAAAAUAAUUAGCAAAACUGACACUGGGAAGGAUGCAUUCCCCUUUCUAAUAUCAAGGAAGUGUUUUAUAGCAUGUCUUAGAAAGGACAAUGUGAAGCGAUGUGAAAUUGAAUCAUGGGGCCAUUCCUGUAUACUUCUGAGUACUGUAGAUGCUCUGGCAUAUAGUUUAGCCUCUGCCAUCACAAUCACACACACAUAUAUAUGACUCUACGCUCAGCUGUCUCCAGGCACACUCCUCUACAGGGGGAUGAAUGUUAUCUCUCUAGGCACAAGCAGCUCCACAGCCACAACCCCCUCCUUCUGCUCUAUCUGCACACACGCACCACUCCCACUGCACAG